CCGUACCUAUAUCCGCAGCAGGUCUCCAAGGUGCACAGCCUCUAGUCGGUAGAACAAUGUAGGUAAGGGAAGUCGGCAAAUUGGAUCCGUAACUUCGGGAAAAGGAUUGGCUCUGAGGACUGGGUCAGUCGGGCUGGCGUGCGAAGAGGGUUUUGGGACGACCACGGACUGGGCGAGGCUGCCGAGGGGGUCAGGGUCUGCAAGGGCCUUUUCUGCCCAGGCUGGCUGAGUUCGAACAGUCGGUUUAACCUUCCCGUGGACCGCCUCAGCUAGGCGGCGGGCCUCCCGGCUCGUCCGCGUCGGCGGGCAUUCAACAGUCGACUCAGAACUGGUACGGACCAGGGGAAUUCGACUGUCUAAUUAAAACAAAGCAUUGCGAUGGCCAUCACUCGGUGUUGACGCAAUGUGAUUUCUGCCCAGUGCUCUGAAUGUCAAAGUGAAGAAAUUCAAGCAAGUACUUCUCGCUAGCUCCGGUGUGGUUAGUAUAGGCUGUUAUCCCGCGGCAAUAGUCGGCACUUGGCGGGUUAGCCGCCCCCGCAAGGGAUAUCGAGUUUUGCACACGGCACUUGGCGGGUUAGACGCCCCCCCGCACGAGCUGUGCACAUGGCACUUAGUGGGGUUAGCAGCCCCCGCAAGGGUUAGCGAGUUGUGCACACGGCACGCAGAAAGGCCUCGUUGCUAGGCUACGAGAUAUAGCACGCGUAUAGAGAUAUAGCGCGUGUUUCUAUUUUCCCGCUGGGCCGACAUUGACGGGCUGUAGCCAAUCGCAAUGCUUGAACACAGUUGGCUCCCUUUGACCUGCAAAUUGUAAACAAUGACCAUGUGGUCACUCUGGGUGAUCAAGAUUUCUCUUUGGGAGAAUUAUCCGUGUCUGUUCGACACUGCACACCCCAAGUACACGAACAGAUAUAAGGCUAGAAUACCUUCACGAAAAUCGCUCGUGCUGUGGGCAAUGGCAUAACAGGUAACAAUUUAAAAGUGGAAGAUGACAUUUGCAAAAAGCGUCUACACUCUCGUGAAUCUUCCGAAGAUAUUUCCUUUAGAAGACAUGACUAUGCCCCCAAGCGACUCCUUCGCGUUACCCACUACCUCACCCACAUCUUUUUUUUUUUCUUUCUUCUUCUCUCUCUUCGCUACAUUGUGCAAUAUCGCUAUCGCAGCCGCAGUUGCUUCCAAAAGUAUCUCGUCGUCGAUGUCGUCUGCCAUAUUGUUGACUUCCCAUAAUGCACUGCGCGGAUGACGUCAGCUCGCAGGACACUUGUGUGGCCUAGAUAUGUGAGAAUGGGACGAUGAUGCUAAGCUGCCUGGUGUGGAAGUUUUUGUACAAGAACAUCGCAGCGUGAGAAUAGGAAAGUUCCGUGAACUUCUGUCUCGCCACUGAUUCUGUCUCUGUACGCAAGAUCGACAACUUAAAGCUGUUGUCUCUGCGGUACGACCUCUGAGUGCUACCGUGUGGAAUGAAUUGUGAUCACACAAGUCUGAAGUGUGAGUAUGAGGACCUGUCUUGUGUGGCGGGUAUGCAUGUCUGAUGAUAUUUUUAAUGUUGUGCUGUGUGGUUCUAACCCUUGCAUCUGUGCAGAGCUGCUACUAAUUGUCAUCUGGGAUAAAGGAGUUUCUUAUUGGAUCUCAUGUUAACCUCAUCCUCUCUAUGCUGUCUCUAGGUGUCAGAGAAAUAUCGUGACACGCAUCGCAAGAUGUCUUCAGAAGUGGUGAAGAGUUACCUGCCCUUCCCCUGGAUGACAAUGGCUCAGACAAAACACUAUUUCUACAAAGGAUGUGCACAUUUCUAUGUUGCCAUUGCACUACUAGAACAGACAGACAGUGAAGAUAUGGAUAAGUUGCAAGCAAUGUUUGAGAGUCUGUAUCUGGGGUCAGAGUCACAAGAUGAAAACAAUGGAUUGCAAAUACCUCAGUCUGAAGAAGAGCGGAAAAUUUUAGGAAAAGUGCACUUACAUGAGGCAGUUCUAAACCAUGAAGAGGGGCUAAGAGUUCAUGACCUUUGUAAGCAAAUGCGAUUGACACAUUUCGGGAUAUUCUACAAAAAGUACACGCAAGGUAAGCUCUGUUUUCUUUUCAUGAUGGCAGGAUAUUGUACUUCACUUGUAAAAAUGUUCACUAAAAUUUGUUUUUAAAAUUGAGCUGAGUUAAUGACAUUCUCUUUCUGCAAGCAGCUUAGCUGCUGGAUGGCAUCUCCUAAUGUUUAAAAUUUCAUGCUAUAUGGCAGGAGUGUCAAACUCAAUUGACCAGCGGGCCAAAUCUCACAUCGUACACAAGGUGGCGGGCCGAAGGUUAUUAUUUAAGUCCGAUAACUUUUUAUUGAACACCAAAAAUGAACUUUUUGUUAUUAAUUUUGUGUAAACAAAAUCAUACAA